AUCAAGCAAAAACAUACUAGGUAGUAACAUAUCUCGGUUUGAAAAAAACAAUAAUGACGAAGCUAUUUACCCUUGUAAUAAUUUCAAGCAUAUUGUUCAAACAAGUGACCUUAAUUCUUGCAGAUGUUGGUACUGCUGCUUCUUAUGGACCUCCAUAUAUACCUACUUCUUGUGAUGGAAGUAGGAGAGAGCAGUUUCCACCAGGUAACAUAUUUGUGGCAGUGAAUGAAGGGUUAUGGGAUAAUGGUGCAGCAUGUGGAAGAAGAUAUAGAGUGAGAUGUGUGAGUGGAAUCAACAAGCCAUGCAAAGGUGGUAGUAUUGAUGUUAAAGUUGUUGAUUCUAUUACUUCUUGUACAAAGUCUUCAUGCCCCCACACUUUUCACAUGUCAACUGAAGCUUUUUCAGCAAUCUCACGUUUUCAAAAUGCGAAUAUCAAUAUUGAAUAUAUUCAGAUAUGAUGGAUAUAGGAAAUUCGACUGAGACUAUAGCUUAAAUGUUGCAGAAAUUAGUGUAAAUUAAGAAGAGUAAUGUGUAACACAAGUAUAUGGGAAUUGAAUAAAUACACGAUAUAGAUUUUAUGCAAUAUAUAAUGUUUUGAAUGUUUGCUUUUUCUCCUUUAAAAUUUAUAGCAUUUCUCAUGAUCCACAUAUUCUAAGAAGUAGCAAAUUGAUUAAUGUUUUUUCUCAAGUUUCCA